GCCGAGAUUGCAAACGAGAGUAUCGCAGAAUGGCGUGCAGGAUUGAAUGCUAGCGGAGAUCUGUGUCGCCGACUUUGCCUGAUUCGUCUCCCUUACAUGCAAAGCUUUAGUCCUUGGGGAUUGUGUGUUUUUUCUAUACUCUCUUUUGCGUACACUCUAAGGGAGUUUGUUUAACCAGUUGGGUCGAUCGAGUUAGGCUCUUGCUCAGGUAUGUUUCGAUUCUUGCAGAGUGGACGCUUCUGAAGAGGUGAUAAUUUGGGUAGCACGGGAUCUGGGUGUGGAAGGAUCGAGAGGGAGAAAGAGGGUGGGAGAGGGUUGAAGGCCAGCAGCAAGAAUGCACGGUCGGCCACGGCAGCGGGCGGGGGAAACGCCCCCGCCUGAGGUCAAUAAGAAAGAGCAGGCCCAAGUGGCGGAACUUCAGAAAAUCAUACCUCUUUUCAUGGAGAAUAAUCGCACGUGCUGCUACUCAUCUCAAGCCUUGGACCAAAAUGCGCGACUGUUGGAGCUCAAUCCUGAAUUUUAUUCGGCUUGGAAUUAUCGUAAGCGCGCUGUUCGACAUUUGUUGAAUCUCGAGUCGGAUGAGGAGGUUCGCAAGCGGAUAGUGCAGACAGAGCUUGAUGUGGUAGUCAGAGCUUUGAGAGUGAAUCCCAAAUCAUAUGGGGCUUGGUACCAUCGCAAGUGGGUCAUUCAGUUUGGUCUCUCGCCCAUGGACGCUGAAUUUCUUCUAUUGAAGAAGCUGCUCAAAUUAGAUGCUCGCAACUUUCAUGGUUGGGACUAUCGGAGAUUUGUUGCAAAGACUAAGGGAGUUGCUGUUGAAGAUGAGCUGCUUUUCACCACAGAUAAAAUCAAUGAGAAUUUCAGCAAUUAUUCGGCUUGGCAUAAUCGUAGUGCUCUCUUGUCGGAGAUAUCCAAGAAUGAAGCUGCAGAAAAUGGCAGAGUGCAAGAGAGGUUGCAAGAGGAGUACGAGUUGGUGAAGAAUUCUUUCUACACCGAUCCAGAUGAUCAGAGUGGAUGGUUCUACUAUUCUUGGCUACUCGGGCAAACUAUAGCUCCAGUGGGCACACAUGUUAGUGGCUGCUGGCCUCCUCCGAAGUCUUUGAUUGUAAUCGAUUUGAAGAACAAUUCGUACAAACUCCCAUUCAAUAAACUCAAGGUGGGGAAAUUGGAAACCCUACCAGUGGUGAUUUGCUUUAGCAACUCUGUGACCGGUGUAAACGACCAAACUGUUUCCACCACUGUUGAUGGAAAUGAUUCUUUGGAGCUUGAAUGGAGGCCUGUUGAGCGUUGGCAGAAGAGUGGCCGGAAAUGGACUACAAAUAUUAAAAACUGUUUAUCCUCAAGCAGUGGACAAACUUCAGUCAAGAUAUUGGUGGGUGCAGUUCCAGGCAUCACAUCUCUUGAUGGUCAAGCUUGUGAGCGUUCGUGGCAGUCAAGCUUUCAAGUUCUUUUUGAAGAGACAUCUUCUUUUGAAGACUACGCAGAUAAGUAUGAUCAGCUGUGUGAAAGCAUAUUGCAGUCAAGAUCUCGCACUUUCGUGGAUUCGCCAUCUUCUUUACAAUACUUGUUCCCGGUAGCAAAUCAUUCGGGUUCAAACAACGAAGAGGCAGAUGGAACAAAGAUUUGGCAGCUGGGCUUAUUGGACAGAGAAAUUCAAUCAUGUCGGGAGCUUCUUGAUCUGGAAGAGAAUAGCAAGUGGACAAGGCUGACUUUAACAAGAUUAUUAUUGACACAUGCCUCAUACAACACAUCUUCUCUGAAAAGUCAUAUAGAUGAAGCACGUAAGCAUUUGGAAAUGCUGAAGUGCUUGGAUCCAACCCACCAAGAGUAUUACCAGCAUCAAUUGAGCUUGCUUUCGUUGAAAGAGCUUACAAUGGACGAAUUUAUUCUUGCUGGGAAAUAUGUGCGAGAAGGGCUGCUCAAGUUGAAUCAAUUGUCACUGUGCUCCUUGGAAUUCGCGGAUAGAUUCUUAUGGGUUCAAAAUCUGGACCUAAGUCAUAAUCAGUUGCGAUCUACUCAUGGACUAGAGGCUUUGCAACUACUGAGCAACUUAACGCUGAGUCACAACCGGAUUGGUAGUGUAACAGCACUAGCGCCACUAAGGGGACUUCCUUUGCUUGAGGAUGUCGAUGUCUCAUACAACCAAAUCGGUGACCAUACCGUAGAUACAUGUAGAGUUUUGUGCUCAUCGAAACUCAUAAAUGCUAGUCUUGUACCACCUGCCUCCAGUCAGAAAUCAGAUCGUGCAGAGUGGCACCUCAAGGAAGGUAGGUACUGGGAGAUCAAAGUUGUCUUUGAGGAUUUGUGUUGGCAGAAACUGAAUAUUGCUGGAAACUCAGCUGCAAAAGAUGUUGAGUUCGUUGAUGCCCUCAACCGGGCACUGAAUGGGACUAGAUUAAUUACAGAAGCAGAAACGAAUUUAUGAGAGUAGAGGAAGGCCAAAACUCUUCUCGACUCUUGGUCGUAAUUAACAGUGGAGCCAUUCUGUUUAAAAUGGCAUUAGGCUAAUUAAGUUUUUUUU